AUGCGGGGCAACCCUCCCACCACAGAAGAGCCGCAGGGAACAGCGGUGUCAAGCUACGACCCAAAUCCUUCAAACCAGGAGCCAGAAUCCACCUCCAGCGGAAAAAAUCUCGCACAAUCCCUCGUCACGCGAUGCCGCACUCUCCUCGCCGAACUCGACGCCUUCAAGGCUCUACUCGCAGAGACGCAACGGAACCCGCAGACCGUUGAAGUCCGAUCCCUGCGCUCUAAUGCUCUUUCAGAACUUAAAACCCUCGAGAAACUGUCUACCCAGCUUGAUGAUGCGAGUGCGCGAAUUGCUAGCCAAGAUCCUGAGUCAGAGGAGGCUAUAGAUAUGCGGGAGGCGGAAUUGAGGGCUGUUCAUGCAUUGAGGUCAUCAAAUUUACCAUUCUACGAGGCCGUUUGGACGAUUGCGAAGAGAACCUGUACAGGGUUAGUUGCGUUCGGGAAAAGGUUCUACUGGGAGGAGAAAGCGGGGAAUAAGAAUUUGGAUAAACGGAAGAGUGUGUUUGUGGAUAUUGUUGCAGAUGAUGGUGAGGAGUGGGUGAAGGUUUCUACAAUUUCGGAGACGAGGCUGUUGUUUGAGAUGGCUAAGAAGGGUUGGGAGGGGGGUUCGGAUGAUGAUGAAGAUGGGGAGGAACGAACGGUUCUACAGAAUCAUGGCCGUGAGGAUGAUAGUGACUACGAUGAUAAUGACGACGACGACGAGAUUGAGUUGCUCAAGCUGGCGAGUGACAUGGGGAAAGCUGCAAAUCUCGUCAGGGUGAACUACAGGCGACCUCGGCUACGGUUUAUGAUCCCGAAAAUUGUGGAAGGGCAGGUUCCUGAGAUUGAUGAUCUUCUAAAAGCUAUCCGAAGUCAUGGCGUGGUAGUUGUUUGUGGAGAGGAUGUGGCUGCGAUGCAAACCUUUAGUGAAAGCGAACACCCUCUGGCAGAAGCUGUUUCUGUUCAAGACGAGGUUCGAAAUCUUCUUCCCAACCGAUUCAAAAGGUUCACGCCCACGCUCAACGUUGACUGUACCCUAUUACUGGCUAUCAUUUCGGACUUGUCCCAUUCCAUGGAAAUAGCACCCUCUGAACAGUAUCACAGGGCGAUCAACCGGCAGAUUGAAAUUGAACGUGAACGACCGUUGCUAACAACAGAGCUUUGGCCGGCGAUGGAGUCUCACGAGCUGGUAUGCACAGGUGAAGCCGCUCAAAGGAUGCGCGAGAUAGUGGAGACAAUCGGUACCGAAACGGAGAAGCAACGGAUGACAAUUAUAAUGGGUGAUCAGCCCUUCGCUGGCGCAACGUCAGCGUCAAUAGUUGGAGAACUUCAAAAAAUGUCGGACUACCAGGUACCUUCUCAACUGGACCUUCCCAUUAGGGUAGUCGAUGCCAAUGCAGCUUUUGCUUCUGGAAACAAGCAGGCAAAUUUACCUCCAAUUGCUCAAAAAGUGGAAAAAAUAUUGUCUGACAUAAAUACCAGCGUAUUUAUGUAUGGCUGGAUCUCAGAGAUUAUGACCAUAACGAGCAAUAGGACGGUGGUCAAGCAAAUCGAGAAUUUGAUCGAAAUGCAUAGAGAUGAGGAAGACCUGAUAGGGCCAUUGAUCUGGGUGUGUGACACGGCGAGGAGUUUGAUAGGAAAAGAAAAGGGCCGGAAAGAUUAA